AUGAGUUCUAUUGGUAAAGAUACAUUGACCGCAGCAGAGCGUUCCUCCAACGUAAGUGAAUUGCUUCAAGUCUUAAUGGACAUUAAUGAGAUAAACGGUGGGAAUUCAGAAACCGCUUCCAAGAUGAAAGUUCAUGCCAAGAACUUCGAAAAUGCCUUGUAUGCCAAGAGUUCCUCUAGGAAAGAAUAUUUAGAUAGUAUGAGAGAAAAAGUUAACGCCAUGAGGGAAACUAGAGAUAGUAGGAAAAAGGCUAUCAAUUCAAGAAGUAAUGAUCAAAAUAUUAACUAUAUUCCUAAUCCAAACAUUAGUAAUACCAAUACUAAUGCUAAUACCAAUAACAACAAUAAUAUAAAUAUGGACCCACAAGCUUUCCUGAAUCAACAAGCACAAGCAAGGCAACAAGCCGCUAUGCAAUUGAAGAAUAGACAGCAGCAACAGCAGCAGCAGCAGCAGCAACAGCAACCACAGCAAAGGUUAACUCCUCAGCAACAACAGUUGAUAAACCAAAUGAAAGUAGCUACUAUUCCGAGAGAAUUGUUGCAAAAGAUACCAAAUGUACCAGCUGGUGUAACAACAUGGCAACAAAUCACAGAACUGGCACAACAAAAAAUAUUAUCACAAGACGAUAUGACAGUAGCCAAAGAAAUGUAUAAACUUCAUCAACAAUUACUUUUCAAGUCGAAAUUACAACAACAGCAGCAGCAGCAACAAUUAUCCCAACAACAGCAACAACGACAAGGACAACAAGGCCAAGGGCAAGUGCUACCUCCCCAGCAACAACAGCUGCAACAACAACAACAACAACUACAACAACAACAACAACAGCCAAGAGGGACUUCCGUUUCCACCAAUCAAAAUCCCAACCAACAAAGAGCACGUGGCCAACAACCACAACAACAGCAACAACAACAAAGAGAGAUUCCAAACGUCUUGGGUCAAAUUAAUGAAAUAUUUACUACAGAGGAACAAAGAGCUUUAUUACAAGAAGCAAUGGAAGCUUGUAAAAAUUAUCAAAAGAAUCAAUUCGGUAAUAUGACAACGGUUCCAGAACAAGCAAGACAAUUAUUCAUUAGGAAAUAUAUAAAUCAGAAGGUUUUGAAGAAAAUUCAAAGUGUAAGGCUGGCUCAAGCUGCUGCCAUGGCGGCUACGAACAAUAAUAAGCCAAUGCCACAGCAACAGCAACAACAUCAACAACAACAACAACAACAACAACAACAAACAAGAGUACAAGCAACACAGAACCAAGGCCCAAUGCAACAAGCACAGAUUCAAUUGCAACCUCAGCAACGUUCGGGUAUUCCAAAUGCGACACCUUCCUCAGCUGGGUACAAGUCAUCUCAAGUGCCAACACCGCAAGGCAAUAAUAUUGGAGGCGUUAAUAACAAUAGCACCAAUAAUAAUAAUAAUAAUAAUAAUAAUAAUAUGAGCACUUCAAGAAUACAGGCUACCCAAAAUAGAGUUUUACAAUCAUUACAACCUUCUCCUCAUGAUAUAGAAGUUGUAAGAAGGAUAUCAUCUGAAGCGCAAAGAACUCCACUGCGUUUAAGUGAUUUAACAAAUUCAUUAUCUCCAGGUGAAAAAGAUGAAAUUAAAAGAAAAUUACAAAUGAAUCAACAAUUAUUUACCCAAGUGAGUAAUUAUGCUCCACAAGUGUAUGUCUUCACUAAAAAUGAAAAUUUUUUGAAAGAAGUCCUACAAUUAAGAAUCUUCGUUAAGGAAAUACUAGAAAAAUGUUCAAAAGAUAUCUUUGUCGUGAAAUUAGAUACCGUUGAUAAGUUGGUCGUCAAAUAUCAAAAAUAUUGGGAGAGUAUGAAAAUGCAAUUGAUUAGAAGACAACAAUUAGUGGAACAAAGUAAGGCAAAUCAUAACCAAUUAAAAUCUCAACAACAACAACAGCAACAGGAACAACAACAAAACCCACCUAUAUCCCAGCAACAACAAAAGGUUCAAGGUAAUUUACAACAAAUUCAACAACAAAUGCAAUGGCAACAACAACAACAACAGGCUGCUCAACAACAGCAACAAAUGAGUAACAGUGCAUCUGCCAACGGCACACCAUCUACAGCUUCAUCAGUCCCAUUAGACGCUUCUAAACAUAACUAUCAUCAACAAAUAAUUGCUAAUACUAUGAGAAGCGCAGGUACAGGACCAGGAGGAAACAACAAUAAUAAUAAUAGUGGAACUCCAUCAUUGGCACCAGUAAUGGAGCCACCAAGCACAACUGGUUCAGUCUCCCCUAAGAAGGAACCAGGACAGAUGAAAUCAGCUGGUAGAUCAAAAUCAGUAACAAAGAAAAUAUCGCCUGCAGUAGUUAAUCAAGUCAUCCCAUCUGGUAUGGGACAACAAGGGCAACAACAAACGAGUAACUCUACUACUCCGAUGGUUAAUAAUUUUAUUCCCGGUAAUUCCCCUGCGGCUACUGCUACUACUAUUACAACUGCUGCUACUACUAUUGCAGCUGGUAAUGGAUUAUCCCAAAAUUCUCCUUCUCCAUUGAGUGGGCCACCUACAACAACCACAGCAAUGACGACAUCAAGUGGGGCAAUUGUGGCGAAUCCAUUUAAAGAAGAUGAAGCUAAAUUAGCUGAUUUGAACUUGAAAAAAAAUGAAAUGAUUUCUCGAUUUAAACAUCGUCAAGAAAUAUAUGGGAACUCGAAAAUGGAUCUUUUCCUAUUGACUUUAGGUGAUUGUUUAGGAAUUAAUGAGAAUGAAAUGGAACCAAUUUAUCAAAUCCCCACCACAGUGGUUGCUCAUAUUAAUGGAACUGGUAAGAAGAAGAUAACUAAAGCUGUUCAAAGGGUUAGAGAUCGUGAUGUCGUUAAUGUUACUAUUAAGGAUAAUAAAUUGAUCAUGAAGAGUAAGAAGCUCGAACCUUCUCCUAAUGCAAAUAGUAGUAGUACGGGUAAAAAAUCUGGAAUUGAAAAACAAGAAAACAACAUUUUGACGAGGAAUUAUGAAAUUAAUUUGAAUGAUAUUAGUAGUAUAUUUAAGAAAGUUUCAGGUGGGAAUAAUUUAAAUGAUUUAUUUCUCAAUGACAAUAGUAAUACUCCAUUGAAUAAUUCUUUGAUAGAUAAUAAUCAUAAUGAAGUUGAGAAUAUGAGGAAGAGAAAGUUUAAAGAAGUUGAUAUUAGUCCUACCAAUUCCGAUGGAUCUUCGGCAUCGUUAAUGGAUGAUUCAAAAAGGAUUAAAGUUGAUUCUCCAGAUGAUGUUUUCUCUGGUAAGACAGAUGAAGAUGAAGAAGAAAAUGCUGAUUAUAGUGGUAGUAAUCACAUCAAGAUUAAACAAGAAAUUGAUGACGAUGAUCAUCUUCAUAAAGAGAAAAGUAUCAAAGUAGAUGAUAGAAUAUGGAAUUGGGAAUUUUGGGAAGGAUUAGAUACCUCUAGAUUACCUAGUGGGAUGUCCUAG